CUCCCCGCCGCGGCAGCAGGAGGAACCCGGGCGGCUGUCGGGGCUGGCGAUGGGGUUAAGCGCCCCUCGUGUGUGAGCCCGCCGCCGCCGCGCCGGCCCCAGCCCGCCGGCCGCGCCGCCGCGCAUGCUAUAAUCCAAAGUGCAUUUGAAAGGGAUGUUCUUGCUGAUUCAAGACAACAUAGUUCUGUCCAGGACUCUACACUGGGGAUAAGGACAUGGGACUCCUCCUGCCAGAUUCCAGAUGGUUCAUUACAACUGACAUCUUGGUUGACAACUGUGAAAAGGAACUUUGGAUUAUUUUAUUUUAUUUUUGUGGGAGACCACAAUCCCCAAACUGUAGGACAUAUCAGGUUCCAUAUUUCUUGUAGAAUUUUAAAAUAACCUUUUCUAAUGAGGAUGUCUGAUAUUCUUACUGUAAAAGAUGAAACUGAUGCAAUGAAGGGUUCAGAAGGUGAAUUUAAAGAUACAGACCCAGUUGAAAACCUUAUAAAAUCAGGAAGUCAGGAGCAGAUUCAAGCGGAAAAGGAUGAAAAUUGUCCUGAUAGCAAAAACAAUAUGCCGCGGCCAGUGCAGUCUUUUGGACAGACAGCAAAAAGGUCGAAGUCAAACACAAAGUUAAAGUUAGUUCGGAGCCUUGCUGUAUGUGAAGAAUAUCCACCACCUCCCACAGCUGAAAUAUCACAGGACCUCCAGGAGAAAAUUCAGAUCCAGUUGUCACAGUCUUUUGAAAAAGAAGAAAAGCCUGCAAAAGAUGAAACAGAAAAGGAAAAAUCCAGUGAUAAACUGUCCAGAAAAAUGUUAUCAAGAGAUUCCAGCCAAGAGUAUACAGAUUCCACUGGUAUAGAUCUUCAUGAAUUUUUAGUAAAUACAUUAAAAAACAAUCCCAGGGACAGAAUGAUGCUGCUGAAAUUAGAACAGGAAAUUUUAGAUUUCAUUGGUAAUAAUGAAAUUCCAAGGAAAAAGUUUCCCCCAAUGACAUCUUACCAUAGAAUGCUGUUGCACAGGGUAGCUGCUUACUUUGGAUUAGAGCACAAUGUGGACCAGAGUGGGAAGUCAGUCAUAGUAAAUAAAACUAGCAAUACAAGAAUACCUGACCAAAAGUUUUGUGAGCAUAUAAAGGAUGAGAAGAGUGAUGAUUUCCAGAAGCGGUACAUCCUUAAAAGAGAUAACUCUAGUUUAGACAAAGAUGACAACCAGAUGCGAAUACGAUUAAAAGAUGACAGAAGAAGUAAAUCCAUAGAAGAACGCGAAGAAGAGUAUCAGAGAGCUAGAGAAAGAAUAUUUGCACAAGAUUCCCUGUGUUCCCAAGAGAAUUAUUUCACUGAUAAAAGAAUCCAGGAGGAAGAAACUAAUAGUACACAACAAAGACGACAGAUACUUAGAAUCAAUAAGGAAACAUCAGGGAGAUCAGCCAACAGCCAUCAGAGCAGUACUGAGAAUGAGCUGAAGUAUUGUGAACCCCGUCCCUGGAGCAGCACCGACUCUGAUAGCUCCAUCCGCAAUCUGAAGCCAGCUGUAACGAAAGCCAGCAGCUUCAGUGGGAUAUCAGUUCUGACAAGAGGAGAUAGCUCUGGAAGCAGCAAAAGCACAGGCAGGCUGUCUAAGACAGGUUCAGAGUCUUCUAGUAGUGUAGGGUCAUCCACGGGUUCUCUUUCUCACACCCAGCAGCCUCUUCCAGUGCCAGCUCUAAGCCAGCCUUCUCAUGGCACGCCUGCCGUCUAUCCAACUGUCAGCACUAGUAACUCUCUUUCCUUUGAUGGUGGCAUAAGCGGGCAAGUGGCACCUACUAGCACUAGCUUCUUUUUGCUUCCCUUGGAAGCGACAGGCAUACCGCCUGGCAGUAUUCUGAUCAACCCUCAAACAGGUCAGCCAUUCCUUAAUCCAGAUGGCACUCCAGUUGUGUACAAUCCUCCUAUGCCUCAGCAACCUGUUAGGACCCAAGUGCCUGGACCUCCGCAACAGCCACCUCUUCCCACACCACCUCAGCAACAGCCAGCAGCUAACCACAUCCUCUCACAGCCUAUGCGGCCUCUGCAGCCUUCUUCCCAGCCUGUUCAGUACUCUGCAGUCUCUUAUCCACCCCCGCUCCUGCCAGUCUCCUCUACACAGCAAUAUUCUGUGCAAGACAACUUAGGAUCACAAUUUAGCCAUAUGAGUCUUGCCCGUCAGCCACCCGCUGAUCCAGCUGAACCUCAUACUGCUAUGUUCCAGUCCACUGUAGUCCUCCAGCCCCCACAGCAGUCUGGUUAUAUCAUCGCAGCUGCUCCACCUCCACCACCCUCCGGCCAACCAGUUUCUGCUCCCGGCUACUCGACAGCUAGCCACCCCGUCAACCAGCAAGUACUCCAGCAGCAGGGAUAUAUGCAGCAACCUGUGCCACAGAUGCCAGCUUGUUAUUGUACCCCCAAUCAGUAUCCGCACUCCAGUCAACAAUACCGACCUGUUUCUGUCCAUUACAACACACAGCAAAACCAACCAUUAGCACAGCCUGGACAGCAGACAGGUUACCAGGUUUUGCCUAACCAGCAGCAAAACUACCAGGGUUUAGUCGGAGUUCAGCAGUCUCAGAAUCAAAAUCUGGUCAGUGGCCAACACAACAACGUUGGGAAUCAAAUUCAGGGUGUGAUUGUUCCAUAUCCUUCAGUGCCAUCUUAUCAGGUUUCGGUGCCUCAAGGUUCCCAAGCAGUGCCCCCGCAGACAUAUCAACAGCCUGUUAUAAUUCCCAGUCAAUCAAAUCAAGGAUUACCCACAACAGGAAUGCCAGUUUACUACAGUGUCAUUCCAUCAGGUCAACAGAAUAAUUUAAGUUCAUCAGUAGGAUAUUUGCAGCCUCCUGGAUCAGAGCAGAUACAGUUUCCUAGAACAUCAUCACCAUGCAGCUCACAGCAGCUUCAAGGACAGCAGUGUGCAGUUUAUAGCAACCAUUCAAGUCAGAAGCCAUCACCUCCUACAUUAUUGCCACCUUCAUCAAAGUUAAAGCCACAACAGGCUGCUUCCAUUGUGCACUACAGCAUAGUGUCUCCACCCUCAUCAUGUAAAAGUUCACCCACUGGUCUUUCCAUCAUGCAGCCAAUAAAAGCGGUAGCACCACCACCAGGUGGAGGAGUAGUAAUGAUGCAGCUAAAUAUACCUAACAAUCCUCAGCCUCGGAACCAUUCACCUCCACAGUGGAAACAGAAUAAGUAUUACUGUGAUCAUCAAAGGGGGCAGAAGUCCACAGAACUUAGCACUUUAGACAGUGCUGCGCAGUUGCAGCAUAGUCCUCAACUAGGUAGUCCUGUCACCUCACCGGCCCAAUCACCAGCACCAGCUCAGCUAUCAAACAUGAAGAACAUCCGUCCCACAUUAACACCUCUUUCUAUCGUGUCCCAGUUUUCUAGACCUUUUGUCCCUGGACAAGGAGAUGCCAGAUACCCACUGCUUGGCCAACCCCUGCAAUACAAUCCACCAUCUUUAUUACGUGGACAAGUAACAAGCCAACAGUGUCAGCCUGGAAACAGACAUGGAAACAGGGGAAAGAAACCAGCAAAGAAGGCUGCCUCAGCAGAUCUUGGUGCAGGAGAACCAGUUGUGGGAAAAGUUCUAGAAAUUACUGAACUGCCAGAAGGCAUAACUCGUAUGGAAGCAGAAAAACUAUUUGGAGAACUUUUAAAAGUUGGUGCCAAGAUUCGGUGGCUAAGGGAUUCGCAGUGUCUACAAACACAGCAGCAGCACCAUCGUCGUUACUGUGGCAGCGGAGACAGUAGUGUGAACACUGAGCCAUCCAAACCUAGUGACUUGGCUUCCACUUACACAGUUCUAGCUACGUUCCCUACAAUGUCAGCUGCUCAGAAUGCGUUGAAGAAACAAAGUAGUACCUCAGUGAACAAGUUCAGGCUGAGAACAAGCAAGAAGCACUACGACUUUCAUGUUCUGGAAAGGGCUAGUUCUCAGUAGCAGUUACAUCAGUGGACACUCAGCCUUUACUACUUCCGUGUCCUCCUCUCCUCAAUUGGCUUGAUGUUAUGGAGUUUCUGUUCUCUUCACAGAGACUCCUGGGAUGUUUUGUCAUAUGACAUUAGCCACUGAAGACUAAAUAACCCAGUGAUCCAGCAAGAUGAAGAAAAAAUAUACAGAGUUAAUCCCAGACAAUAGCAAGGAAUCAUCUUUGAGACAGGCAGCUUUCUACAAGGAAUGCUGUUGAAAUGCCCCCUACUUUUAUAGUAGUUUUGUUUUAUAUUUUUGAAUUCUUGUAUCAGAUCCAAAGUUCUAUUGUACAGCAAACGUUCAUAAAAAUCCAUAUUCAGAUUUGUAUUUUAUAAUCCCUUUUCACAGCCAGCACACAGCUGUCCAUUCCAAGGCAGGAACCUGAGGAUUGGUAGAGGGGAAAAGAGAACCAUUUUCAAGGAAUUACACUCAUUUUCUAGCAAACUACCCCAAAUCUUCAAGUUAACUUGUUCUUUGUCCCUUGUGUUUGGUUUGGGGUUUUUUUUUUUUGAGGAAAAAAAAAAACAAAACAUAAUUUUAGUAACUAACUCCUUAGAUGGUAAUUUUCUUUCGAGAUUCAUUCAAGCAAUGUCAAAAGAAAUUAUGAGUAGGUUGUACCCUUGAAGGAUUCGCUUCUGAUCCAACAAGUUUAAUAAUUAUUUAAAGGGAAAUAUGAAUAGGUUACAAAGAAUGUUCACUGAAUCACAUUUUAAUAUUUCUUCUUUUCAGCAAAAGCGUGAAGAGACUAAAAUGUAUCUUCACAGGUGACAAAAUGUUUGCACUUUAAUUGUGUUCCCACCAGUAUGGAUCUCUUUCUCUUCCUUUUCACGCUAAGAUAAUUGUGUUUGAUAAGUGCUGGAAACCUUUUUAAUGGUUUAAGUUUUCAUCAUUUGCAGAUGCUCACUGGACAUUAAAGAUUCAUUGCACAUAAAUGAAACAAACUUUUUUCAAUUUGUGUAAUUUGCAAGGCUGUACAAUGUGUGCUGAUGCAAGCCUUUUUCAGUUCAAGAAAAUAAAUGUUUACAAACACAAACUUUCAGUGCACUUGUUUAAACUUCUAGGAGUCUUCUGAAACCUGGAUGAACAUAUAUUAAUGGUUUAGAUACCUUCAAAUGUGAGAAAAGAACUUAAACAUAACACAAAUACUAGAACUUCUCAAAGAACCACUAUUGCUGUUCCUCUUCUUGAAGCAUUUAUGUUAUCCUGCCCUUCAUUGUUUUUUAAUGUUUCCCUAUAUAAGUAAAAAGAGAGAGAAAUUGAUCAGACACCAUAAGGGACUGCUGCUGGUAUUUUAUUUUUAGCACAGGCACUGAUUCACUGUGCAGACGAGCAACUACUUGUUCCCUUCCUAAGGCUGUCGCUUCGCAAGAGAUGCGUUUGUAACUUCCGUAAGUGGAAACUCAAGGUAAAGGUUAUGUUUAAGAACAUAUUUUACAGAGGAAAAGUAAAGAAUUUAGGUGCCUAAACCAGCAUUAACUUUCAUCUUAUAUACAAAAAAUCCUAUCCCUGAGCAACCACGCAUAAACAUGUGAAGUGGCAAGAACAGUCCUAUGCACAGUCAAUUCUUAAAUCCUUCAUGUGAUCAGUCGAAGUACUUGGAAGAAAACUGACCUGUCUGGGAAUAAUGUAGCCUAAUAAAUCAGGUAUAUGGGACUUGAUUCUGCAAAAUGCUGCAACAACAGGUAUUUACAUGACUAAAGGUAAACUUAACACUCAGAUGUUCCCCUAAAACAGAGGGGAAAAUGUUCAGCUUCAAAGCCCUAGCCAAAAGACAAAUAUAAUUAUCUCUGUUUGCUUUUCUAAAAGGAUGGUACUUGGCAUUCAAGUUCUUACACUACUACUUGACUGAAUAUGCUGCUUGAAUGAGGGGAUAUAUUUUUUCCUCCUCCAGUUGGAUUGUUGUAGUUUAUUGCACCCAAAACCAAAGAUGAUUAAGAACACGAGCUUAUGCAGAUUAUAAUAUUCCCCUCUGAAUAGCACAGAGAUAACAUGAUUAACACACAAGUUCCGUCACUGCCUCUUGCCGAUUCCAGUGCUUGUUUUAAGAUUAUGGUUUUAAUCCUGUAAAAGUAGUUAACAGAUUAAAGGUCUGUAAUGACAGGUGUCACAGCCCGGAGAGGCAGCUGCCUCCUGUGGCUAACACAUUCCAGGAUAAGAUUUUUCAUAGAUGUAGAAGAGUAAUCAAUAGCUGAGAGCUUCCAUCUAUUCUGAACGACCCAAAACCUAAAUCUAACAUCAAAUCAAACCAUUUCCAAAGGAUGCUGCAUGACUUGCUUCGUUAAAUAAACUUUCCCCAUAAUAACCAGAGAAGGAAAAGUAAUGAGAGAGGUAAGCAUGGAGAACACAAGCAAUCCAAACAAAAGGAGGGGAGGGAUACACUGAAUAGGAACAAGGCCCAGCAAAUACUUAAUUCUUAUCAAGUAAGUUGUUAACUGGAGUGCAAAUUGCCCUAGAAGAAAAAAUUACAACAUGUAAUAAGCCAGUUCCAUUCUAAUCCUGACACUGAUACUUGCCUACAGUUACUACAGGCUGGUCACCCUUUCCCAGUAUGUUUUCCUCUGUGUUAAACAAGGGCAGUUACAUUUUUUUGAUCUGGACGUGCUGAUAUGAACCACACAGAUAACAGGACUUUGGAAGCAUCAGAGGGCUCCGAUGUCUACAGUAGGCACAGAAUUCAAAUAUUUCUGCUUUAGUCUUGUUCAUUCCUGAUUUUGUGCUAUUUCAUAGUGUCUCCAGUAAGUGAACAGAGUGUUAACUCAUGUAACCAAGACCAUUUGUACCUUCCUGGCUUUUACACUUCCGUCCCUUUUGGUUCCUUAAAAUACACAAGCCUAGGGACUGUGUACAAACCCCCUGGCACUACAUUUGUUCCAUAUAUUUGGAUCACAUUCUAGAAAGCAAAUAAAUGCACUUUAUGGCAUGAAACAGACAUAUGUAAAACUAGCGUUCUCAAGCAAUUUUCUAGUACUUGAGUGUAUUUGAGGUUCCUGUCAUUUAACAUUAGAGCCAUUUUUAAAGCAACUAGUGCCAAAAGGAAUUAAGUGAGGACUUAAAUUAUAUCGGAGUAAUUUAAUACAUUUCAUUUGGUUGGGAACAUGCCAUAUAACUUUUAAAGCUGAGGAAAAAGCACUGGAAGAGUAACCAGAAAAGCUGAACCAAUCUGGCUAUUACCUACUCCACCAAAGGCUACUAUUUCUUGAUUUUAAUUUCUAAUUAAUACAGUUAUAUUACUGCGUAAAAUGCAUCCCUGAACUGUGAACAGAUUCUAUGUUAUUUCUGAUAUUACAGUGAAGAUGAUAACUCAAAAUUAAGAAAACAAAUUUAAGCUCCAUAGUCUGGGAACACUCAAAACCACACGGACUUGAGGUUGGAUUCGGGUAGAUCAUAACAGCACACCUGAGAAUCUACUCACAGCCUCCACAUGGUUGCCAAACUACAGCCUCACAUGCCUCAUGUUUCCGUAAGACUGGAUUGGUAUAAAGUGAAACGUUGGUAAUAGGCAUCUUGCAUCUUACCUCAGACUCCUUCCUGAGCAAAUUUAACCUAUUAUAAUCUGAAAUCCUUUUCUUUCACUCACACACAUACACUUAGAAAAUGACAUAAAAAGAAAAGUAGGAGAACAUCUACAAAGAAGGAAAUCUAGCACUGAGAUGUACUGAAGACUGCAGUGGUUAGGUGUUUCUAGCUGCAACCAUUCCUAAUCCUACUGGCCUUUUGUAGAACACGCAUUUUGUUUCAAGAUCCGGGUGGUGCAGGACAGCGGCACAUAGAUGGGAGUUCAGUUUUGUCAAAGCACAAGAAGUGUUUAGCCUGAUGAAUCAAAUAAGGUACUUCGAUACGCAACAUGCCUUUCACAGUAAGACCAUUUUUUUGGUCUCGCACGAUUCAAAUAGCUCUAUACACUUUUCCUAUCUAGUAACGCAAUCCACUUCCCUCUCCUGGUAGCAUAAAUAGUUACAUUCUCACGCUAUGACACUCAUUUGUGCCUUAAAGCUUCACAUUUGACAUGUUUAUUGUUUUGAGUUAAUCUUGUACCAACUUGUUUGGAUGUCUGAAAGGGAGUCAUAAUUAAAACUUCUUUUAUAAAUAUCUAUUUAACUCCACGACAUAUUUUUUCCCUAGGAAACUGGUGCGGGCUGUAAUUUCCUGUAUUUAGCCCUGAGGCAAAGAAUGUUUAUAUGAAGUUUAGGAGAAAAUUGAUCAAACCACUUUUACAUUACAGGUCAUGAAAAAUAACUGUAGCUGGAAUUUUUAUGUAUUUCCAGCUGAAAAAGGACUUAUUUCAAUCCCUUCAAUGCUUCUACAGCUCAGUCUUCAUGAAGGUUGACGUGCUGCCUCUAUUCCAUGUCCUGCUCCUAUCAACAUUUCAGAUGUUUUGGGUUUGGGUAUUUUUGGCUAUUGAAGUCAACAAGCAUAAACUUAAGAGUGCACAAUGUCAACAUGACUUCAUUUUGGAAGCCUUAUUUCUUGGGUGUAGACCAGAACCCUUAAAAGGGCCUAAUUUCCAAAACAUUCUGAAAAUUAAGUCCCUUUAAGUUCUCUUAUUCUGGAACCUGAGACCAAAGUCACUAUUCACAUCUGAAAACUUCAGAUGCAAGGUCCAAUGUAAAUGAAGUUGCCUCUUGUCUGACUUGAAAAUGUAUGCAAUUAUGUUCAUGAGCCUCCUUUUAGUUCAAUGUCUGCCUUGUGUGUCUGGGCUUGUUGGGCUGGAGUUUGGACCUGACUGUGUUUGGCAGCUCCUUAUUAGCAAGGUUGAUUUUUUUAUCUUGCUUGUAACUACUUGACAUUUUGCAAUGUUUGCUGUUUUGUCAAAAUUUGUCAGGUUGAAAGUGGAUCUUGCUUAAGAGAUGAUUAAGAAGCAUUAAAAUUUGGCCCAGGGCACAAACACUUCAGUGUUUGCUGAUUUUUUUCAUUUUUCAGUCUUACUGGUAAAGCACACGAGCCUAGUCAUUAUAUGGGAUGCAUGCAACUGCAAUGAACUGUUCUGCACUUCUGAAGAGAAACUUGAAUGUCAGAUAAGACUAGUGCUGUAAACCAAAGAGCUGUAUAGGAAAAUCUGUAUGUUGCUGAUAGUUGUAUGCUUUUAAAACUGGUAUAAAUUAUAAAAAUAAACUGUGCUGCUGUGGAUAAUGCUUAA